GUUAGGGGCGGAGCGUUGCAGGGUGCGUCUCUGGGCUAGGAGACCACGGGGUCUUCAAAACCCCGUCAGGGCUGGCUUCCUGGGGCCUACUGACUGUGGGUCACUUUGCACUGGUGGCCUGGGAUCGACUUACGCGUGAAGGGACAGAGUUUCUGGAGGAGACCGCUGCCUCUCAACCGCUGACUCGGUCUCAGAAGGCCUCCGGCAGGCCGCUUGGCGGGAACUGACAACGCGCCAGGCAGGCUCCCCAAGAACGUGCGCCGGCGCGUGUGGGCGGAGUCGGGCGCAGGGGGCGGGGAUUCGGGAGGGGGACCGGGAGACAGGGGCGUGGGGCCUCCGCCUCGGGGGUGGAGUCGGAGCGGCGUGGCGACGGCGGUCAUGCGGCACGCGGAUGCACACGCCGGCGGAGGCGCAAUUGGCGGGGAUGGCCAGGGUGGCCACAGCCGCCCUGGGGGCGCGGACACAGCGGCAGCUCCAGCCGAGGGAGCUUCCCCACCGCACCCGCCAGGUCCUGGCAGAGACGUCGCAUCUGCGGCCAGGGGUUCAGGAAUGCGGCCGCACAUAUUCACCCUUAGCGUGCCUUUCCCUACCCCCUUGGAGGCGGAAAUCGCCCAUGGGUCCCUGGCUCCAGAUGCCGAGCCCCACCAAAGGGUGAUUGGGAAGGAUCUCACAGUGAGCGGCAGGAUCCUGACCGUCCGCUGGAAAGCUGAAGACUGUCGUCUGCUCCGAAUUUCCGUCAUCAACUUUCUCGACCAGCUUUCCCUGGUGCUGCGGACCAUGCAGCGCUUUGGGCCCCCCGUUCCUCGCUAAGCGUGGCCUGGGAAAAUGGGGUGAGGGCUAAUCUUGCGUCUCCCUAGGUAGGACACCCAGCCUUCCCUAGGGCAGGAGUUCCCACAGUUGCUACUUUACUGUGAAAGCCUCAUGGUCGGCCUGUACUGGCCUGUGGGUGCUCAGGGCCCCUUGUUUGAUCUGGUUCUUAAAUGUUUGUUACCACAGAAAAUAAAACUGAGUCUGAGUUUAUUUUCAGCUACAGCACCUCCCAAUAUUCUAGUCAUUGUGCUUGGGUUACAGGGGAGGUUCUAGAAUUCAGAUAUCCAAGGAAAUUGAAGACAAUGUAGGAAAUGGAAGAAAAUGAAAAUCAGCUGGGCUCUGUCAUUCAGCAUCAACUACUGUCAACAUUUUGGAAUCCUUCCUUAAAGUUGCAUUUAUGUACAGUUGAUUUCCCCUGAAGUUAAUAGUAAUAAACGUGUAACUGUAAUAUACACCAUAUAA